AAUCCGUAUGUAUGGUGUAAGGGAGCUGCUUGUGUCCUGCGGCCCGUGGAGGAUCUCGCUUCAAGUUGGAGCUGGCCAGGAUGCUGUAAGAUACAACAGCAGCAAAACAAGACAGAAAAUGGCGUAUCCCUCUCAGUGACGAGUGCUGACUGCCAAGCCGAUGGUUCAUCAUGAUGAACCGAGUACAGCCGGAGAAUGUGCACUCCACCAUCUUCACCCCGCGGGAGUACCAGGUGGAGCUGGUGGACGCCUGCCUACGGGAGAACACCAUGACAGUGCUGGCCUCCCGCUCCACCCGCACCUUCCUCAUCACCAUGGUCACCCGGGAAAUGGCACACCUCACACGCAGUGGGAGGCAGCGCACACUCAUCACAGGCUGGUCCGGGCCGGGGCUGGUGCGUGUUGGUGAGGCCAUCCAGCAGAACACCAACCUGGCCGUCACCACCUACACCACCCUGGACCAGGUGGACAGCUGGCCACCCCCUCGGUGGGGACAGGCCUUCAGGGAGGCUCAGGUGCUGAUCAUGACCCUGGAGGUGCUGGAGCGUGGCAUGAUGGCCGACGUCCUUCCGCUGGACAUGCUCAACCUUCUGGUCAUCACAGAUGCCCAUCGCAUGGCCACCUGCCCCACUGUCCACAAGAUCCUGAACAGCUGUGUUGGGUGUCGAAUCCUGGGCAUGACGUCGCCGGUGCUAAGCCACUCCUGCUCCCCCCCACAGCUGGAGUCCUUCCUCAACCACCUCCAGCAAGCCUCAUCCUGCAGGGUGGACACUGCUUCUGAGAUUGUCACUGUCCUACGCUAUGUAAAUAAACCCUUGGAGAAAAUUGUUAUGUGCCGGGACCCGAGUCAGGAGGAGAUGUCUGAGGUGGAGACAGAGGUUCGUCGCCUGGUCAGCCAGGCUCUGGAAUUCCUUGGGGAACACCGCUACGACCUGGUGGAAGUGUAUGGCCCAGAGUACCAGGAGUUCUGUGCUGGCCUGCCCGACCCAAACACGGAACCACGGCAGAUACUCCUCGACUUCCUGGAUGUGCUCAAUAAUUUAGGGCUGUGGUGUGCUGACAGAGCAGCUUUGUAUGCACUAGUAGAGGUGGAGAAGCUGAAGAAGAAGACUGCCUAUGAUCGUCACUACCUCCUCCUCUGUAUGAUCUUCACCGUCAUGGCUCGCAUCAGGGCUGUGGUGGAACAAGCAUUCGAUAAAUACUCAGAAUUGGAUCAAAUCCUAAAGUUUUCCACCCCUAAAGUUUUGCGGUUAGUUGAAAUCCUCCGUCAGGUGCGUCCUCAGAACUUUGUGGACCCGCGCAAAAGAAGAGACAAGUCUGAAAACAGUGAGGCUGCCAAGGGAGGCGUCCUCCCAGUGGAGGGGCCAGCGUCCCAUGGCGGUGAGGCCGCAGGAGCUGACUCAGGAGUGGUUGCCAUGCAGGCUGAGGAUGAUGAACCCAAAGAUCCAUCUGGGGAGGUCUUGGCCAAACACCCAAAAGAUUUGGAGGAGGAGGAUCAUGAGGGAGAGAAUUCUUCUGAAGGUGGAUCUCUAUCCAGUCCACACCAGUCCCCUCUAACUAGACAGAAAGAGAUCUCAGCCACAGAGAAUGUGAUGGAUAAUGUUCAAAAUAAUGGGGAGAGUGGUGAUGUUCAGGACCAGUCUUGUGAUGAAAUGAUGGACCCUGGUGUUGGUAACCCUGAGUGCAAUGGUUGUGCUGCCCAGGAGGACUUGAGCCCUGUGGGUACCAGGGACAUGGCCUCCCCCUGCAGGGCCUCCAGCAAACAGCAGCAGCAGCCACUGGCGAAUGAGGAGGUUCCCCAAAAUGGGUCUCAGCAUGAUGGGUGUGGUGGGUCACCCCUACCAGAGUGCAAUGAUGGGAGGGAACAGGAGCAGUUCACUGCAGAGUGUUCCAUCAACACUUCACUAGAGUGUCAUGCUAAUGGCUGGAGCUCCUCCCAGUCUGACAGUCUGGAGACCCUCGACUCCACACCGAGUGUUUCUGACCUGCCUGGAAAGAGUGGGAGAGGAGGGAAAGAGGGGGAAGGUGACAGCCCUCACCACAGCUUGGAAGGAAAGUUGCUCCACAAUGGAGAGCUGGAGGAAGAGUGUGGAGAGCCAAGUAAAGUACAAAUUCAUCCAGAUUCUACACAAAACUGUUGCAAUAUCCCUGAAUCUGUAGUCACUAAGCAAGCUGAAAGCAGAUCAACCUUAGAAGAGGAUUUAUGUAGGCUUAAUCUUAGGGAAUCCUCACUUAGAGUUGGCUGUGAACUUGAGAACUCUACAAACUGUGAUGUAAACAAUGGAACUAUGAGUGCCAAAAGCCACCUGCUUGAUGCUGCCAAGGUACACAGUAGUAUAAGUGCUCCACUAUGCAAUGGGUAUCAGGGUGGCAGUGAAGAGAGCUUGCCAUCCUCUGGGGAGACUCUUGACAAGAUGGACAGCCAAAGCAGCAACAUGGAGCAUGAUGGCUGCUCCACUCAGGGUGAGGAGGAGGAGUGCCCGGAGUCCCCGGAGCCGUCACAUUCAGUACAAAGUGAUCCGUCAGACUCGGAGAUCCACCAACACCAAGAAAACUCUCCCCUCACCAGUGCUCAGUCUACUACCUCUCAGCCUGCCAGUGAGGCGGCUGUCACCCCGACCCCGGCUACUCCCAGCAAGACCAACACUGGCACUGACCUUCCAAGUGCCACAAGUAACACUGCUGGCACUGACCCUUCAAGUGCUGCCAGUAACACCACAGACAUUGAUCCUCAAAGUGCCACCUGUAACACCACUGGCACUGACCCUUCAAGUGCCACCAGUAACACCACAGGCACUGAAACUCCAAGUGCCACCAGUAACUCCAUCAGCACUGACCCUUCAAGUGCUGACAGUAACACCACAGGCACUGAAACUCCAAGUGCCACCAGUAACUCCAUCAGCACUGACCCUUCAAGUGCCGACAGUAACACCACAGGCACUGACCCUUCAAGUGCCACCAGUAACACCACAGGCACUGACCCUUCAAGUGCCACCAGUAACACCACAGGCACUGACCCUUCAAAUGCCGCCAGUAACACCACUGGCACUGACCCUUCAAGUGCCACCAAUAACACCACAGGCACUGACCCUUCAAGUGCCGACAGUAACACCACUGGCACUGACCCUUCAAAUGCCGCCAGUAACACCACAGGCACUGACCCUCCUAGUCCCACCAGUAACACCACAGACAAUGACCCUCCAAGUGCUGCUAGUAAUACCACUGGCACUAACCCUUCAAAUGCCACCAGUAACACCACCAGCACUGACUCACCAAGUGCCACCAGUAACACCACAGGCACUGACUCACCAAGUGCUGCCAGUAAAGAAGCAGACAGCACAACACCGGCACCGGCGGCUGUGUCCUCGGAGGCAGCUGCCAUGGCGGACACCUUGGCCCUGCUGCUGCCUGGGGGGAAGGGCGGCAGGCGUCGGCGUGAUGAGGUGAAGGAGAAGGUGAAGGUGCAUAACCCCGAGGACCCGGACUCAGUGUGUGGACUCAUCUUUGUGCACCACCGCAACAUGGCCAAGAUCAUCUACCGCCUCCUCAAGGAGCUGAGUGACAUUGGUGGAGACUUCGCCUGGAUCUUCCCCCAGUACACAGUGGAGGCACGGGAGAGUGUGAAGGACGACCCUCGCGCUGCAGAGGCAGAGCAUAAAAAGCAAGAGGAGGUGCUCAGAAGAUUCCGCCACCACGAGUGCAACAUCCUGGUGUCCACGCGGGUGCUGGAGGAAGGCAUCGACGUGCCCCAGUGCAACCUGGUCCUGAGGUUUGACCCUCCACUGGACUACCGUUCCUACGUGCACAGCUGUGGACGGGCCAGAGGACAGGACACCUUCUAUUUCCAUCUUGUAACAAAAGCCCAAGAGAAAAUUUUCCUGCGAGACAUGGCAACCUACUCUGCUUUUCGGCAGGUGUUGGUGAGUCGGUGCAGCAGUGUGGAGGUCGGCACAGACCAGGAAGUGGAUGCAGAGGAGGCCAAUGCAUCCCAUCCUCCCUACCUGACCCCGGCCGCCGCCUCCGUCACUAUGGCCUCCUCCAUCAGCCUGCUCAACAAGUACUGUGCCAAGCUGCCCAGCGACACCUUCACUCGCCUCACCGCCAUGUGGGAGGUGGAAGAAAAGCAGCAGAACAACCGGGUGCUCUUUGCUUGCAGGAUCAUGCUUCCCAUCAACUCCCCUCUCAAGGGCACCAUUCAGGGUCCAUGGCAGGCCAAGGUGUCCCUGGCCAAGAUGGCUGCGGCCUUGGAGUGCUGCCGCUGCCUGCACGAGAUGGGCGAGUUGGACCACUACCUGCAGCCAGUGGGCAAGGAGAGUAUGAGGCUGGAUGACCACCUGUGCCCCCCACCCCCUGACGACCAGGUGCCAGAGGGAAUGCCACGCCCAGGCACCACCAAGCGCCGCCAGUACUACUACAAGAAGGUUGCCAACUGCCUGACAGGGGAGCAGCCCAAGGAGAGCCUGCCCCUCUUUGUGUAUAAGCUGGACAUGAUGCUCACCUGCCCAAUCCCUGAUGAACAAAACACCCGCGGCCGCAAGAUAUACCGCCCAGAAAAGUCAUCCCGCUCCUUUGGCAUCGUCACCACCAUACCCAUCUCCCAGGUGAGCGGGUUCCCGGUGUUCACGCGGUCUGGGGAGGUGAUGGUGCGGGUGCAGGAGGUGGGCAGUGGGGAGCGCUUCUCUCAGGACCAGCUUGAGGCCCUCCAGUACUUCCACAAGUUUUCCUUCACCCAUGUUUUGCGCCUGGAGAAGUACCCCAUCAAGUUUGACCCCACCAAUGCCAAGACAGCUUUCUACAUUGUCCCGCUCAAUAAGUUUGGAGACAAGAAUAGCAUUGACUGGGAGUUUGUGAGGAAGAUCCAGGCCGAGGGUGACCCACGACCCAUGCCGCCGCUGGACGAGGCACGCCAGAAGUUUACUUUCCAACACAGCUUGUAUGAGGACGCGGUGGUCAUGCCGUGGUACAGGAACCAGGACCAACCGCAGUACUUUUAUGUGGCUGAAAUUUGCACGCACCUGAACCCACAAAGUGACUUCCCAGACGCAGGCUUUGAGACCUUUGAGAAGUACUACCUCACCAAGUAUGGUCUCCAGAUUUGCAACCUGAGCCAACCUUUGCUUGAUGUGGACCACACCUCUGGCCGCCUCAACCUCCUCACUCCAAGACAUGUCAACAGGAAGGGGGUUGCCUUGCCCACCACCUCAGAGGAGACGAAACGAGCCAAGCGGGAGAACUUGCAGCAGAAACAAAUUUUGGUUCCUGAGCUUUGCACCAUUCACCCCUUUCCUGCCUCCCUGUGGCGCAAGGCCGUGUGUCUGCCCACCAUCCUCUAUCGCAUCAACGCCCUCCUCCUGGCUGACCAGCUGAGGAUCUGUGUGGCGCAGGAGGUUGGCCUUGGCCUGCAGACACUUGAGCCUGGUUUUUCUUGGCCAGCCUUGGACUUUGGCUGGAGUUUGGCUGACGUGCUGAAGAAGAGCCAGGAGAGCCAGGAGGCAGCUGAGGGGACAGAGCCUAGAGCCUCGGCUGGCACCACUGGCUCACAGAAGUCUAAAAAGGUUGAAUCCUCAGAGAGCUGCAAGUCCCCGACCCCCAAGAAGACGGCACGUAGUGGGGUGGACAUGGAGAUUGGAACCUGGUCCAAUGACAUGGCAGUGGACCCCCCCACCCCACCCAUUACUGAGGAUGACCUGAAUGGGUCUGAUGACUUUGAAAUUGACACUUUUGAUCCCAACUUGGCACUGCCAGAUAACCUUACACUCCUGGAGGGCUGCUCUCUGGGUGAUGAUGACAUGGAGGGAGAGCUUGGAGCAGACUGGGGCACCGGACUGACAGAACGCCACGCCAAGGGAUCCUCCAAGGGUAGCGUCAGUGGGGGGGAGAUCUUCCGCGUUGGCUCACCCUCCAACUUUGAGAUUGACGGCUGGGACAUGUUUGGGGGCCCAGGUGGAGCAAGCUACGGGGGGAACUAUGGUGCCUAUGAUGCUUAUGGAGGCUGUGGGGAUUUCCAGGGACUGGCAGAUGACCUCGAAGGUUGUGAAUCUGACGUGUCAUCAGACAUGGACGAUGACGAGAAGAGCCAGACAGACAAACUGUGGGACGAAGAGGCCAGCAAGCGUCGGGCCAGCACGGCCAUCGACGACGCCUCUUCUGACGAGGAGGUGGACCUGGUGUGGCCUCAGGAAGAGGAUGAAGUGCGUCAGGCUAAGGAGGAGGAGUUUCAGAGGCAUCUGGAGGAGAAGCAGCAGGACCUGCUGACCGGGCAAGCCUACUUAUCUGAGAGCGCCCCGCUGCUGGUGGAGAAGGCACACAGACGCCUGGUUGAACACGGUGCUGCUGUGUCCUCAGAGAAGGAGAGUGUACCUGUGGGAAAAGCUACAAUACAAGGCUGUGAAUUGUUAUCUUCAAAGUGCUGUGAUAAUGCUCAACAAUCUACCUCACCUGCUACUGCGAUUGUGAACCGCACUGAAACUCUCUCUCUCACCCAGUCAGACAAAGGUGCUGAAGUUUCUCAGUGGAGGAACCUGCCUGGCGAGUCGUCAUUCAGCUUUGAUUACCAGCCCGACCUCCUCAACCACCCGGGGCCACCCCCCAGCGUCAUCCUUCAGGCACUCACCAUGUCCAACGCCAAUGACGGCGUCAACCUGGAGCGUCUGGAAACCAUCGGAGACUCCUUCCUCAAGUAUGCCAUCACCACCUUCCUCUACUGCACAUACCCCCACCGCCACGAGGGCAAGCUGAGCUACCUGCGCUCCAAGCAGGUCAGCAACCUUAACCUGUACCGCCUGGGCAAGCGCAAGGGCCUCGGGGAGUGCAUGGUGGCCACCAAGUUUGAGCCUCACGACAACUGGUUGCCUCCCGGAUACUUUGUUCCCCGAGAGCUGGAGGAGGCGCUCAUUGACUCCGGGGUGCCAGCCGGCCACUGGAACAUGGCAGACCUCCCGGGGCUGCACGACUUGGCCAGUGACGAGAUUCGGCGGCUGGUGCAGGAACGCUCAGAGCAGAUCAAGCGCAGCAAGUCAGAGCAGGUGACCAACGACCUGGUGACAACCCAGAACCCCCACGACCUGCCCAUCUUCAUUCCCUACAACCUGCUGACUCAGCACAGCAUCCCAGACAAGAGUAUUGCAGACUGCGUGGAGGCCCUCAUUGGGGCAUACCUCACCACCUGUGGUCCCCGCGGUGCCCUGCUCUUCAUGUCGUGGCUGGGCAUCAAGGUACUGCCCUGCAGGUAUCAGGAAGGAAGUGGCUCCUCUCUGCCUCAGAUCACAUACGGACACCUGGAGCCCCCCCAGUCACCCCUCCACCACUCUCCUGACGUGGACACAGACUGUCGCCUGGACUUGCUCCUGAGUGGUUACCUGGUGUUUGAGGAGAAGAUUGGCUACACCUUCCGGGACCGUUCGUACUUGCUGCAGGCCUUCACUCACGCUUCCUACUAUAGGAACCGCCUCACUGAUUGCUACCAGCGACUGGAGUUCCUCGGCGACGCUGUGCUAGAUUACCUGAUAACUCGUCACCUGUAUGAGGACAAGCGUCAGCACUCCCCCGGGGCCUUGACAGACCUGCGCUCAGCCCUGGUCAACAACACCAUCUUUGCCUCUCUUGCCGUCAAGUAUGACUUCCACAAGUACUUCCGUCACUUCUCCCCCGGCUUGGACCGUGUUGUGAGGGACUUUGUCAAGAUGCAGGAAGAAAAUGGCCACAAGAUCAAUGAGGAGUACUACUUCAUGGAGGAAGACGAGUGUGAGGCAGCAGAGGACAUCGAGGUUCCUAAAGCGCUUGGCGAUGUGUUUGAGAGUGUGGCCGGGGCCAUCUUCCUGGACUCUGGGGGCUCACUAGAUGCUGUUUGGUCAGUCUACUACACCAUGAUGUGCCGAGAGAUUGAGCAGUUCAGCGGAGUUGUCCCCAAGUCACCGAUCCGAGAACUGCUUGAGAUGGAGCCCGAGACUGCCAAGUUUGGAAAGCCGGAGCGUCUCGUGGAUGGCAAGGUAAGGGUGUCAGUGGAGAUCUUCGGGAAGGGCUCCUUUGUCGGGGUGGGACGCAACUACCGCAUCGCCAAGUCCACGGCCGCCAAAAGAGCUCUGCGGCACCUCAAGAAGCUGCAGAUGAUGGCCAGCCAAGGGCUGUGAGGGAGCAGGGCAUCAGCGACACAGACAGACUGGCAGCCGGGUGUUGAUAGUGAAUGUUUCCAGUGACUCAUAGCAUGUUGAUGGAUACCAACACUUUACCUGUAGCUUUUUGUAUCUUUAUAAGGAAACUAUUUAGUGUGGGUGUGGGUGUGUGUGGGUGUGGGUGUGAGUGUGCGUGGGUGUGAGUGUGCGUGUGUGUCUCUGCAUUCACAGAUGCAAGUCUUCAUGCCUGUGUGUGUAGAGUAGAACUUGUGUGUCUGGAGCUGGUGAAAUAUGGGAGUGGUCAUGAUAUUGUUAUCUUUUUAUUGUUUAUAUUCAUAUUUUUGUUUUAUCAUGACAUUAAAUAUUCUAAUUGGAUUAGGGUUCAGUAUUAGUUGUAGGUUACAGAUUCUAUAUCCUAUUCAGUCAGUGUAUGAAUAUACCAAAAGUACAAAACCUGUAAUGUGCUUGGGAGGAUGUUGCCUGGAGAGUGCAAGCAGUGCUACACUACCUAUACCAGCUUCACCUCAGUUGUGCUCAGCUAGGCCUGGGCUGCUAGGCAGAACUUCAGUGUUGCAAACAUUUAGGUGAGGCACAGUCAAAGCACAUGGAUGUGGCCACAGACCGUAAGGCUCGUGUUUCUUUGAGCUGAACACACACGUGGUGACUUGUGUGCCAUUUCCAUGUGACUAUACUCAGCGCAGCGAGAAAUGGACGAUAGGGUAGGGCACCUGGUUUGACUGGGAUUCCCCCAUUGUUGCCACAUCUCCACAGAUCACCAGCCCGCUCUCCAACCCCGCCUGGCGAGUGUAGGUCAGGGCGAGGUAGCGGCAAGGUCGCCCUCCCCCGCUCAUAUGCCACGGUUAGGAUGGGGGAAACCUUUACACAGAAAACAUGCCUUGAUUUUGACUUCAAUGGUGGUGUGGAACAAAAGUUAGAAUAAUUUUGGAAAUAAUUUCGGAAAUACUCCAAUUUAUAUAGAAACAGAGAGAAAGAAAGAAAGACAGAGACAGAGGGUAAGGAGUUGGAGCGGGGUUGGAGAAAGAAGGCAAGCCGGUGAUCUGUGGAGAAUGGCAACAGUGGGGGAAUUCCGGUGCCCUACCCUAGUGUCCAUUUCUUGCUGGGCUGAAUAUAACAGUGUGAGCAGAGUAACCUGAGGGAUGAGCUCCUCCCCUUCCCUCUGUUGUGUUGGUGAUGCCUGUGGCUGAAGCAUCCUUGUAUGGGUAGUGGUUCAUUGGUGAAGGUGAGCAGGGCUUACUCAUGAAGCUCUUCUGUCCAGGGAGCCCCAUGGCUAGGCCUCAGCAGAGCCAUGGACAGGGGGAGUUUGGCCAUGUGCUACACAGACGUCAUCUCACCUCAGUGCUUCUCAUGUUUACUGUCUCCUUCCCAACAUCUCUGCCUGAACACAGGCUAACAAAUAGUUGAUAAAAAUGUAGUAUUUGGAAUAACAGCAGCUUGUGUUCACGUAUGAGGGCUGGGUGGGAGGCAGCCAGCAUGGGCAGCAUAGAGGCAAAGUUGCGUCUAGGGAGCAGGUGACCGACCUUUCCCUCUCCACGCCUCUGGGCCUCCAUGGGGUGUCUGCCCGCCAGCAUGCGGCGCCUUGCACCCCCAAGCCUGCUAUCACAACUGUGCCGCCAUUUAGCUGUGAUGAUUUACCUGACACUAAGUUCAAAUUUAAGUGAAGUUUAGUAUUUCAAUUACUGCUUGGUGUUUUAUGUGCAAAUUUGUUUAUUGUUAAAUUCAAAUGGUUUUAAGUAUAAUAAUUAACACUAAACAUUAAGUUAUGUAAUAUUAUACAGUAUGAAUUUUAAGUUGGUUAGUUAGCAGCAAAACUGCCAUGGUUUAGAUAUAUUUGCCUGGAAUGGUUUAGCUUUGUUUAGCAUCGGCAACAAAAUCUGGUGGUUCCUGAGCCAUGGCUAACACUCGGGUAUAUACUGAAUGCUUGUCUCACUCUUGCUGGAGCCAUCGCCUCCUCCUCCUCCGCCUCCUCCUCCUCCUCCUCCUCCUCCUCUGCACUUUCCUUCACACCACACCCUUCCAAUCCUUUUAUCUUCCUCAUCCUCGUUCUUCUCCUUUGUCGUUUUGCUUUACUUUCUCUUCUGCUGCUUCUACUUCCUAGUUAAGGCCUUGUUGUUGCCACAGAUUUUGUGGUCCAAGUCCUCCACUUUAAGGUUUGUCUGUAUUGACAGUCAGGGUAUUCUAUGGACACCUGUUCAUUAGUAUACGAGUCAUAGGUAGUGAGUGGGGAGGCCUUCAGUGGUUGGUUGUUGAUUGACGAUGAGACGAUGGCACCACAUGUACACUGGAAACUACUAUACUCCAUUCCAGUGACUGUCAAAAGUAGUGUUCAUCUUAUAACAGCUGUGCUGGCACAGGUUAACACAUUGUUUCUUCAAGCUUUGCUACAUCACCGUCAAUCUCAUGUGUCAAAAUCCACUCAGAUAGACUUUUCAUCAUGUUAUAAUUGAUUGUUGAUUUCCAGAAAAUAAUGGCACAGCUUCCAACUUCAUUGACUGAGGUUAGAAGUAAUGUGAGGAAACUGUUGCCAUAGGGUUAGCAUUGUUUUGACAGACUGGCUGGGAUUGUUUAUAGUUUUACCUGAAUAUUAUUUAAGUAUCCAUAUUUGUCUUCUUGACUGUUCUUUUGAUGAGAAUUAUAUAAUUAUUUGUUGACGUAUAAUUUAUGACUGAAUCUUUACCGUUGGAAGAGCUUACAGUGUUUUCAUGAACUGAUCAUCUCUUGACAGAAAAAUUUACGUACCAUGCAUUCAGCUUCUCACAGGUUUGAUGAUCUGUAUAUUUUACUCAACCUCAUUUCCUCCAAGUGUAAAAUCAAAGGUAAAGUUGGGGGCAGACGCUGUAGCUGUGUGUUACAACAGCGCUCACCUCCAUGACCUCUACCCUUGACCCUGUGGUGGGUAAGAGUCCAUUACCCUGGGACACAGGAUAAGUGUGAUAUCUGGGUUACCACAGCUUACCUUCCCCAGGUUUCCCCAGGUACCCAUUUAUCAACCAGGCCAAAAGUGGGAAUGAACAGUUGAGGUGGCUGCCCUCCAACUGCCCAGGCUUGGAUCAAACCUAGGCCUGCCCAGAUUUGCAGCUAGUCAUGCUAACCACUACACCAUGUAGUGUUGUUCAGUAGUACUGUAUUUUUUUUCCUCAGAAUAUCACUUCAGAAAGACUAAAAUGCAAUUCUGAAACAGUAAACUCAUUUAUCAGAACUCAGCCUCAGC